AUGGAAUCCGAAUCCACAGACCCCAACCUCAUGCUCCUAUCCCUCAACCUCUCCGACUCAGAACCCGAAGAAGGCGUCGCCCCUGGCAACACCGCCACAACUACGACUGGUCCGACGACCGAAUACCAGCCCACCCGCGCCGAGCGCACCGCCCUCUCUGAAGACUGCUUUCCAGGCCUUGAAACGGAUCUACCGACCCAAGAUCGAGAACGGCAAUAUCAACACCACGAUCCCCCUCCCCCUCCCACGAACCCCGCUCCCCAAACCACAAGCCCAAGCCCUGCUGCACGCGGCCGAGGAACUGUAUUUCCUGCGGCCGUAAUGCCGAGGCGGCGGCUUUUUGUGAGGGCCGCGUUCUGGAAGGAUGAGGCCGAGGUUGAAGCUUGA